CUCUGUUCGCUUGCAUCAAACAGAUACAGUAUUACAACAUUUGUUUUUCUUAUCUUCAACUCCAGUUUUGUGAUGUAAAUUAAAUUUCAAUUUCAGUAGUUGUUCACUACCCAGACUUUGUUACUGGAACUAUCAGAACAGUAAUGGCGCUCUGUAUUUAUCCAAAUCUCGGGGGUUUCUCGUUACAAAGAUUAUCUUUGUUUCAGCUCCAGUUGCAGAAAUCCCAGGAAUUUGCAUGCUUUGAUUUUCAUACUUGUUUGGAGGCGAAAAGGUUUGGUUUUUGCAUCAGCGCAAAGUUCUCAGAGACACAAGCCGGGAAGGUGAACGGAAGUUAUGGAGCCAUUGUGGAGAGGAAGGAAAUAAGGAAAGUGGGGAAGAAAGAGCAUCACUUGUGGAAGAAGAAUGAUUCUGCUGGGUCCGGGCAAAAAGCUCUGAAUCUUGUCCGAAUGCUCUCUGGACUCCCAAAUGAAAAAGAGGCUGUUUAUGGAGCUUUGAACAAAUGGGUAGCUUGGGAAGUGGAAUUCCCCAUUAUUGCUGCAGCUAAGGCUUUGCAAAUCUUAAGGAAGAGAAGCCAAUGGCACCGUGUGAUUCAAUUGGCUAAGUGGAUGUUGAGCAAAGGCCAAGGCGCGACAAUGGGAACAUAUGAUACCCUCUUAUUGGCGUUUGAUAUGGAAGAAAGGGCUGAUGAGGCAGAAUCGUUAUGGAACAUGAUUCUGCACACGCAUACACGAUCCAUUCCAAGACGCUUGUUCGCCAGGAUGGUAGCUUUGUAUGCUCACCAUGGCCUUCAAGAUAAGGUCAUCGAGGUGUUUGCAGACAUGGAGGAGCUGAAGGUGAGGCCAGACGAAGAUACAGCGAGGAGAGUGGCACGGGCUUUCAGGGAACUCGGCCAAGAAGAAAAGCGGAAACUGAUUCUCAAGAGGUACCUCUCUGAAUUCAAAUACAUCUACUUCAAUGGUGAAAGGGUUAGAGUCAAAAGAUAUUCAUCUGAAGAAGGUUGAUUUCAUUCUCAUGAACACACUCACAUGUAUAUGUAUAUAUUACCUUAAAGUUCUAAGUCUUGAUUGUAAUUUCUUAACUGUGAAAUUAUCUUGAAGAUGGUAAAAAGAAUCUCCAUUAAUAAAGUUAUCCUCU